AGAACCUACCAGCUGUGGAGAGGGCUUUAGAGGUAUGGCCUUCAGUGACCAUGUACGUGGAUGCAGUCAGGACCAAGAGGCUACCAAAUCCAGGAACCUCAUCUUUUGACACCCUUGAAGCGGCACAGAAAGAUCCUCUCAUCAUAGCAAAACGUCACUUCUACAUGUCUGUCAUCAGGAGCUUCAAACCCUUCCUGACCACUUACCAGACAGAUCAGCCAAUGAUGCCAUUCCUUGUGAAUGAUUUGGCAGACUUGAUGAAGUGUAUUUUGUGGCAUUUCAUCAAGAGGGAGGUCCUUCUGGACAUCAGUCCACUCCAGUUAGCCAGAAUAGACGUAGGUGACAAAAGAAAUUGGGUCCAUCCUAAGGAAGUGAACAGUGGCUUUGGUGCAGAAUCAACCCUGAAGGAACUCCAAAGACAGGAAAAGACAGGAGAACUCAGAGCCCUAGAGUUUAAGAGGGACUGCAUCAAGGUGAUGUCAACUAUCCUGCAGAAAGUGCAAGACAAGAGCCCCUUAAAAUAUCCCACUGUGAGGCAGCUGGCCUGCUUGGACCCUAGAAAGAUGUUCUCUGAUCCAGAAUGGUGCCAGGGCAAGAUGAGGAAUCUUGUCCAGAGGUUUUUGCACGAUAAGCAGUUGUCAGGAGGUGUCUCAGCCGGUAUGAGAGGGUGACGUGAUUACACAGCACUUUUGUGACUUGUCAUCCAUUGAGGCUAGAAAUGACACCUUCCGCUCCUACCAACCCACUGAGAUAAGGGUGGAUGUCUUCCUCCAUCAUGCUUUCCAGAGCAAAUGCUACUCUGAGCUAUGGGAGAAGAAGCUUCUUCUCCUAUCGCACGGCCAGGCAACAGUGGAGAGAGGCUUCUCAGUAAACAAAGAAGUUGAAACUUGCAACAUGCAAGAAGAAACAAUGGUCACCCAGCGACUGAUCUGUGACUAUGUCACCGUUUGUGGGGGUGUCCUCAAGGUCCCCAUCACUAAGGAGCUGCUGUCCUAAGCUGCAUCAGCCAGGUCAAGGUACAGGAUGUACCUGGAUGAGGAAAAGAAAAAGAAAACAUGAAAUUGCAUCACAGCACCAAAAGGCAGCUGCAGCGUUCAUCGAGGAACUUAAGAAGACGAAAAAAUGUCUGUCUGAGGUGGCAAAAGUUCUGUUGGAUGAUACUGAUCAGCUGGCCACACAAGCUGAGGGAAAGGCUGGCACCCUGAUGGCUCAUCACCAAAUCAAACAUGCUAAGGAAGCAUUACAAAGAAAAAAUGGCGGAAUUGCAACAGGUGGAGGAGGAACUGAAGAAAGCCUGCCAAUCCAUGCCUUAGCUGUGACAAGCGUAUAUGUUAUACUGUGUUUUUUGCAAGCAAAGUGUAGUGUUUUUAAAAAUGAAACUUGUUCACUGGACCAAACAGUAAUGUUUUAUGUUAAAAUAAA